UAUUUUUUAUUAAGUAUAAUUGCUCUAUUAGCAAAAUGUCAGAUGAUGAGACAGAUGAAGGCUACAAUAAAUUUAUCAAAGAAUAUGGAUCGAGGUAUGAAUGGGAUAAUGAAGGAAAUCCUGAAUUUAUACCAGAUCUGCCUGGUGUAAGAAAUCCAACAUCAAUACUCCAUACAUUUACACAAUCUGAUGCUUUUUAUCUUCCACAAAUUUUGAGCCUAAUAGAAUUGCCAUAUAGUGCUGAGGAACUUCGAGAGGAAAUAUGGCCGGAUGGUAUUGAUAAAAAUGAGAUUAAGGUAGAUGAUGCAGAUGAAGUAGAUAAGUUCCAGUAUGGGUUAUUGCUUCAAGGUGAAGACUCAAUAGUGGAUUAUUACUCGAAGAUAAAGAGAUGUAAUGAUGUUAUCAAGCUCUGUAAAAAUCAUCUUAGAGAAAUAUUCCAUAAAGGAUUGUCAUCAGAAAGUCAAAGGUAUAUUGAAAGAUUUGGAUGUUAUUAUAGUCACGAUCUUGAUCCUGAUAAAAUGGUAGAAAUGCUUAUUCGAGCUGAAAAGGAAAAUGUGCAUGAUUUUAUUACUGUAUUUAGUCAGGCUAGCAAUGUUCAGAUUUUGACCCAAUCUGGGUUCUCUAAUAAUAAUUUUAUUUCUGCUUUUCUUAAUCUGGAAUUAACAAGACCCUCUAUGGCGGGGUGGUACACUACCAAUCUAACUAGUCCGGAGCUGUGAUCUUCAGCUCGCAAGAAUUUGCUGAGCCAUCUCUAUUUUUCCCUGAACAAACAUGAGAAAAAUGGCCUGCUUCACAGGCGCUUCGCUUG